GUUUCGUACAAACAAGCAAAGCAUCCACUUUUCUGGAAAUUUAAAAAGGAAAUAAGUAUAGAUUAAACAAAUUUAACUUAAUUAAAAUAAUGGAGAACCUGUGUCGAAUAUGUGGCACUCACUCCAUUACCUUGGUGGGUAUUUUCGACCAACGCCAACGGCGACAAUUCAAGGGAGAAGUGGAGCCCAAUCUCGCCGACAUGGUUAAGAAAUGCGCCGAAGUCCAAAUAGAUUCUGGUGAUCCCUUGCCACAGAAAAUCUGCAGGAACUGCAUCCAGGACGCUCAGAUUGCUUAUAGAUUCAAGCGCAGAUGCGAACAGAGCUACCAGAAAUUCUACUUGGCGAUUGCGAAUCAACCGGAAAUCAAGAAAGAGUCAAAGGACCCAGGAGACCACUUCAUUAUCGAGGAGCACUUUGACAACGCUGUGGAUAUAAAGCUGCUGGUGGAUAUAAGAGAGGAGAGCUUUGACCAGACAAGUACCAAAAAAGAACUGCCAAAAAUGGUUCCUGGUCAACCAAAGAAAGUCCAACAGGCAAUACGCGAGUCCAGCAAGGAGUACCAAAACAGUCUGUUGGAACAUAAUAAAAUUCAAAAAAAGUCCUGCACUUGCCAAACGUGCGGAGAAAGUUUCAUGUUUGAAACCGAUUUGGAUAAGCAUUUGUGUUUUAGCAUUAGUGACCCCACCGUGGAGUGCCCCAUUUGCCUAAAGGUCUUCUCCACAAGCCGUGGCUUGGACAUCCACAAAUGCCAGCCGAUGAAAAAGAGACCUUUCGAGUGUCCACACUGCCCGCAAACCUUCACCCACAAUCAUUACCUUAAAGCCCACCUGUUGAUUCACCCGGCAGACGAAACCGGCCAGCUAGCCAUCGGUCCCCACAAGUGCACCAUGUGCCGUGCUGGAUUCGCUAACAAAGCGUCUCUUAAGGUUCAUGUCCGUACCCACCUGGAAGAGCGGCCGCACAGCUGUCCGAUUUGCGCCUCAAACUUCCGCUCGAAGCAGGCCCUCAAGGUCCACAUCCGGACUCACACGGGCGAGAAGCCCUACCAAUGCCCACACUGCCCCAAGACCUUCUCCGAUAAUAACAACCUGGCCAAGCACCGGCGCCGUCACUCAGACGAGCGGCCCUACAAGUGCCUGAUAUGCCUUCAGGACUUUCGGGAGAAGCACCACCUAAAGCGCCAUGUCCUGAGUAAGCAUCGCGACAGCGAUGGAGAACAGCCAUUGAAGUGAUCAACUAUAAUGUUAAGUCUUAAUAUGUAGUUGCUUAGAAUUUGUACUCCCGAAUAAAAAUAGACUCAAACAUC